UCCCCACUGCCAUAGUGUGGUCGUGUCGGCUCCUGAACCCCAUGCACUGACGUACAUUGUCAUGCCCCCUCGACCUGGUCCGCUCCUGCAGCUUGGGCUCUGUGGGUGGAUUGUCGAGCUUGAUUAGAGUCCCCCCCCCCUCGGUCUAUAAAAGGUGCUAGGCCCGCGAGAGCUUGAGUUGGAACCUUUCCGCGGAGUGCUGGUCAUGAUCUCGAGGAUGGGAUUUGCCGCGGUGGUCGUCGUGGUGGCGGUGUUGGUCCUCGGGGUUGGGUCCUGCGCUCAGGGCAUCGGAGCACGGGGGCCCCAGAAGCCCCUGGUGCCGGCGCUGAUUCUGUUUGGUGACUCCACCGUGGACGUGGGGAACAACAACUUCUUGAACACACCAGCGAGGAGCAAUUUCUUGCCUUAUGGACGCGACUUCGACACCCGGGAACCCACGGGGCGGUUCACAGACGGGCGCAUGGUCAGUGACUAUUUGGCUACGUGGUUGGGGUUGCCCAUCUCACUACCGUACUUGCAUCCCAAUGCCACCGGCCAGAACCUCGUCCACGGCAUUAAUUUCGCCUCAGCGGCAUCUGGCUAUCUAGACACGACAUCGCAGUUUCUGCAUGUGGCUCCAGCCAGAAUGCAGUUUCGGAUGUUUGAAGGGUACAAGGUCAAAUUGGCCAACGUCAUGGGUACCACGGAGGCUUCCUCCACCAUCACCAACGCGCUUUAUGUCGUGAGCAGCGGCAGCAAUGACUUCAUUCUCAACUACUUCAUCAGCCCAGAGAUGCAAAAUCGCUACUCCACCACGCAAUUUAGCUCACUGGUCAUGUCGGAUCAGAAAGAAUUUGUGCAGAACCUCUACAAGGCAGGUGCAAGAAAAAUGGCUAUUCUGGGGUUUCCGGCGAUUGGAUGUAUUCCUGCACAGAUCACCCUCUUUGGGGGUCUGGAGCAGGAGAAGUGCGUGGAGACGCAGAAUGCCGUCGCAUUGGAGUACAACAAAGUUCUCCAAGACGAGGUCCCUAAAUGGCAGGCCAGCCUGCCGGGGUCCCAAUUCCUUUAUCUCGACGCGUAUUCGCUCCUCUAUGAAAUUUUCUACAACCCUGCAAAAUAUGGGUUCACUUCGACAAGGCGAGCUUGCUGCGGCCAUGGGUUAAUUUCCACGGCGGAAUUUUGUAACGAGGCGACCUCAGGAACUUGCUCCGACGCAUCCAAGUUUGUGUUUUUCGAUUCAUUGCACCCUACGCAGUCAGUAUACAAGCGUCUUGCUGACGAGUACAUAGCCAAAUUCAUUUCCUUCUUUAAACUCGACGGAGGGUAUUAGUUAGACACCGCAGGUUCCACGCAUAAAACACAUGAGCAAUGUUCAAUCAAUGUAAAACCCCCUACAUAAUUGAAGGCUUAGAUUAAUCCCCAAAGUUUUUUUUAAAAAAGACAAAAAUCUUCACGGCCGGGGACGUCACGAUGGCAUGCAUAGUUGCGUGGAUCUGCAUUGCCCGAACUCAUAUUACGAAACUGACGUCAGUGGUGGCCAAUCUGCAGCCGUCGAUUCUCACACCGCACGCUGUCGAUUAAAUGCACACUCAAUCAAUCUCUUGUCGUUA